GCAAACAAAGGCAAAGUAGGUUGUUGCAGCCAUCACGGACGGAGGUAGUUGAAGUCGAGCUAUUCUACCCUCCAUUAGUUGUUGGGUCCUGCCCAUUUUCCAGGCAGGCCUGCUCACCCUUUCCUUUCUACCACCAUUAUCACCAUUAUCGCCAUUCUUUGACGCCUAAUUCGUCUGUUGCACUCUGCCGCCUUGGACGCCGCACCACCAUCACUUAAUUCUGUAACCACGUCCAAUUUUUCGCCAUACCGUCCCUCCUAGGAACCAGGACCCGCAGAAUGUCCUUCUUCUCAAGGAAGAAGCAUGCGCCUCCCCCGGCGCCGGCCACUGUCUCUGUAGCGCAGACGCCGAGUCAAGCACUGGCCCAGAUGUCUUCAGUCGUACCUGCCAGCAAAGAUAGCAGUGUUGCUCAACAGCAUCACCACCACCAGCAGGCUGCAGGAAAUAAGAGGUUGGAUGGUCCCCAUGAUGUUCCUUCCUCAGGCUCGCAAAUCCAGCAUCAACGCUCGCAACAGGGCUCAGGCGCUCUGCACGCCCCAUCACAAUCACAAUCGCAACAGCAACAGCAACCCGCCCCACAGCAACAGCAACAGCCACCACGACCGUCUUUCCCAUGGUCCGCCAAACGCCUUGCACUUGCCCCGCCUAUCGUCUUCAACAAGCCAGGUAUUGCCCCGCCUACCUCCCUCUCCCCAUCACCCUUCCCUCGAUAUGGUCAUGCCCUUCCCACGACUUCUACCAGCAAUGGAGACCUGUAUCUCUUCGGCGGCCUUGUUCGUGAAACGCCAAAGAACGACCUUUAUUUCUUUAACACUCGUGAUUAUGUUGCUUCCUUGGUUCAAACCGAAGGAGACAUCCCUUCUCCUCGAGUUGGGCAUGCCAGUGCUAUUAUCAGCAAUGUCCUGAUUGUUUGGGGAGGAGAUACGAAAACGGAUCCCAGAGCACGGUAUCCCGACAGACAGGACGAUGGCCUUUACUUGUUUAAUCUAGUUUCCCGAAAAUGGACUCUUCUUACAAUGCAGGGACCAGCACCUGUUGGCAGAUACGGCCACGCAGUUACAAUGGCUGGAACGCGAUUCAUCGUUUUUGGUGGACAGGUUGACGGAGAAUUUUUGAACGAUAUAUGGUCAUUUGAUCUCAGUACAUUAAAAACGGGAACAGUAUGGGAUUAUUUGGAGCCUACCACACCGGAACGACCAGCACGGCGUACGGGUCAUAUCUGUAUGACAUACGGUGAUCGAAUAUUUAUUUUCGGUGGAACUGAUGGUCAGUAUCAUUACAAUGACACUUGGACAUUCGAUCUUAGCACGAGGUCGUGGUCGGAAUUGACUUGCAUCGGCUACAUACCUUCUCCAAGGGAGGGUCAUGCCGCCGCUCUCGUCGACGAUGUGAUCUACAUCUUUGGAGGUAGAGGUGUGGACGGAAAAGAUCUAUCGGACCUCGCUGCCUUCAAAAUAUCUAAUCAAAGAUGGUACAUGUUCCAAAACAUGGGCCCUCAGCCUAGUGGUCGAUCAGGUCACGCUAUGGCUGCUGUAGGACCAAAGGUGUUGGUUCUUGGAGGCGAAUCGUCCUCGCUGUCCAAAGUGGAUGACCCGAGUCUAAUACAUGUCUUGGAUACCAAGCAUAUCAAGUAUCCUGAUGCCAGUAAAAGCCCGCCUCCGCAGAACCCUGCUCGAAAGUCCUCCAUCCCUCCUCAAGCAAGUCAACCUACGAAACUUUCCUCUUCUCCCUCAGGUCAUGUUCUCAAUGGUUCUCGUUCGGUAUCUCCUUUGCAGAGUGACGCCGAAGACCGCCGUGCAUUGUCGCCAAAUGACUCUAACAAACCAGUGAAUGGUGUCGUUCCGCCUUCAGGUGCUACCAAAACACCGAUGCGGCCAAGACGGGAAGAUGAUCACGUCGAUCUUACCGAACUGCCAACGAAAGAAACGCUGUCGACACGCGCGCGGGCUACAUCUCCUGAGCAGCCGCUUCAAGACCGAGCCAAGAGCCCACAUACUGUCGGGAGCCGGGCAGUUUCACCUACCGGAACAGAUAUCGGACAAGCGCCAAACAUGGCAUCAAUGACGAUGAAUGGAUUGGGUGGCCGCGUAUCACCCAUUAUUGAUAGGUCUAAACCUCCACCCGAUGGUUUUUAUCCUACCGGCGGAUCUCCCACUGUCAAUGGAUUUACACAUCAUCAGUCUUCUUCUCGGCAAGGCUCGGUCAGUAAUGUGACUGCAGAUUUACUUCGAGAUCUCAAAGCCAAAGAAGUCGAACUUGAGGGAGUACGACGGCAAAUGAUUUGGAUGAAGGAGGCUCUUGUCAAGGCAUCUCGUUCAGGUUAUGUUUACACUGACAAGGAUGGAAGUCAAUUUGAGGACACCGUUGAGAGUCAGAAUACGGAGCUUCUACUGCAGUUCAAGCAAUUCAAGGCGCAGAUGCAGACGGCAUUGAUGGAACAAGCACAGCGGGCUUCAGAGCACGUCGCUGACGCAGAGCGCGUGAAAGUUAGCGCAUCGCAAGAAGCCGCUUACUAUCGCGCGAAGCUUGCUGCGUUAGAGUCCGCGAAUGAGUCGGAGGUCCUGCAGCUAGAGAAGCGAAGGGUUGCGGAGCUGGAGAGUGACUUGUCUACCCUGAUCAAUGAGCGACGAAUACAGGACCAAAAGAUCAAUGAGCUUAGCGACUCGCUUGCAGUACAGACAACCCUUUGUGAGCAAGCCGAAGCCCGGGCAGCCGAUGCCACGAAAACCGCUGAACAGGAGCUUGAUGCCCAUAACCGCAUUAAACAGCGACACCUUGAUCUCGAAAAUCGUUACACCACAUUGGAAACGCAGUCUCGAGAUCGUGCAGAUACGUUACUAUCGCAAACAUCGGCUUUGGAGCAGAGCAGAGCAGAGGAAAAUGCCCUUCGCGAACAAGUUGAACAGCUUGUGCACUCGCGCGAGCAGCAUGUCCGUGCGCUGGAGCAAGCCCGGGAUGCAGUUGAGGCUGCGUCUUCACGCGCAAAUGAGCUGGACGUACAGUAUAAACAUGCGCGCGAGAAGAUCGACAACUUGGAGGCUGAUGUAGCGGACCUUCGGGGCGAACUCGAAACUCGUAAUACCGAAGUCGAGGCAACCCGCACCCGCCUAACAGAUGUCGAAAAUUCGUGGGCGCAGUCCAGACAAGAGGCCGAUUCGUACAGGGCAUUGACGACUGGUAGCUUAGGCGAACUACUUGACACCCAUCGAAACAUGAAAUCUGACGAGGAUCGAUUCGCGAGAGGACAUGCCGAGAAGAUCAUGGCUAUAGAGAACGAGUCUGCGUCUUUGCGCAAUAUGUUACGGGAGACCAACCAAGCUGCAGAAGACGCACAGCGGCAACUAACCGACGAGCGCCGACGGGCAUCAGCCUUCGAAUCUGAGCAUUCCCUCCUACGCUCACAGAUCUCAGGUCUUCGCGCUAAGCUUUCUGCUACUGUCGCCGAAUCUUCACGUCUUCGGAGAGAUGUCGCUGACAGAGAGGAAACCCUGCGCGGGAAAUCCAAAGAAGUUGCAGAUGCACAAGUGCGGCUGGGAAUGCUUCGUAACUAUUUCGCAGAAAAUGGCGUCGAGGUUGAUGAAGACGAUCUUCCUUCCAGAUCCAAGGUUAACGGCACCUCGUCGACCACUGCUGCAGAUCUGGACCACAAACUCGCCGAACAGCAAGCUCUGCGCGAAGAGACUGAGCAAGAAUUAUCUCAAGCUCUUCAUCGAACCAAAGAGCUUGAGAACCGUAUUGGUCAACUCACGUCUCAGCUUGACCAUGUGCGCUCAACCCAGGCCCCUUCACGAGGGGACGAUAUUGCCGCUGAAGCUCGUCUCAUUCAAGCCGAACGUAGGUUUGAGGAAACUGAGAAGAGCUACAAGGAGCGUAUGGCUCAGAUGGAGGAUGACUACCAAGUUGCCGUUCAUUAUGUCAAGGGUACUGAGAAAAUGAUGCGACGUAUGAAGGACGAGCUAACCAAACAGAAGAACAUGAACACAACUCUUCAAUCCGAGUUUGAUGCCAUUCGAUCCGGAAAGUCACCUAUCGAUCCUCGUUUACGCGGUGUAAAUGGACGAAGCACGCCCUCAGACGAGGGCAAUGAUCAGAUGCGUGCUCAACUUGUGGAAGCGCAGCGACAGUUGCAGCGGUUGCACAAUGAGAACAAGGAUCUGCGUACGCGACUGGAGUCGAUGGAGAGAGAGCUGGAGGUGUUACGGGAAAACUUGGUGUCAUCUCGGCGAGAGUCAGAUGAUCGUCUUGUCCAGAUGGAAGAGCUUCAGCAUGAAGUCGACAGAUUACAGUCUUCCCUGGUUAUAGCACGAGGCGGUAACCAGGAGACACUGCUCGAGAAACUCAGCAACGAGAACGUCACACUUAGACGCGACAACGAGCAGCUGACGCAUAAAAUUGGUCUCCUUCUCGAGGUGGAUCAACCGACAUUUGGCCAGGGAAGACCAAUGUCAGGGGUGUCCGUUCGUCGAACCAGUACGUCAAGUUCAGAGAAUGCGUUGGCGUUUGAGCAUCUUUCCAGCGAACUUGAUGACUGGCAACGGCAACUAGCCAGCUCCAUGAGCAAUCGACGACCGUUGAGCGGCUUCGAUGCAGAGCCAGAGAGGACACGAUCACCGCGGUCAUGACAUUUCUUUUUUGUUUCAUCUAUUUGCUAUGCAUAUACCACUCUUCGGCUUUUGGUCGUUUCGCUUGGAUUCAUUCACACUCUAACUUACAUACUUCUUCGUGCUUUGUCUGAUGUUAUUAGCUUCGCUUCGCCUACUUAUAUAUUUCAUGAGCAGUAUAUGUGCUGAUGUGAUCCAUAUAUGAUGAAUAUUAUAUUAUGAUGGAUUGGCUCUUUGGGUCCAUUCGACUGCUUUCUGUUUCACCAUCGUAGCCCCGUCCUCAUCUCCCAAGCGCCGUUCCAGUUCGAGCCAUUUCUUGAAAAACGACCUGUAGGUAAUUGAUAAGAGAUAGUUGAACGUUCUGAGGAAAUUGGUACGUACUUCGCUUUGUG